AUGAAACAGUUAACGAGGGCGGCGGUUACGUUACAAAUGUCUUCUAAGGGUGUGCAUGGAGUUGACGGUGAACGACGUCACAAGCGUGUACAUGGUGAAUCCCAACGACGUGUGCUACGUGUACGUCGAGCAUCAAGUGACAACGGUGUUGUUGAGGAGGUUCAGGAUGCCGAACACGAUGAACACGGCGACGACGAGACACGAUGGGGUGAUGAAUUGGUGACAAGUGCAGCUACAAAUGGCUGUGUAGCCCCGGACAAUCACGCGGGAUUGGAAGCAAUGGCGUCAGCCAUUUAG